AUGAUGCUCAAAACCUGUAUUUUCAUAACGGCGGUUGCUUUCCAAGCAUUCGCCUCGCCUCUCAAGCCUGUUGAACCGCCACGCGACUUGAAUGCAGAAGACUGGAGUCUCCUGAACUUUCAACGUGUUUGCACAGAAGAUCAAAAUCAUUGCGACUACAGCUUCCUCAUUUCUGAAUACACCACGGAGGUCCCUAAGCACUGCAGUUUUACGGUCAAGGCUGCUGAUGGUCGCCCAGCUUACCAGACAGGCUUCUCCUUGGCCAAGUGCCCAGCCUCAGCGGAAUACGAUGUCAAUGGUGGCUGGAAUGAUCAUGGAUUCAUCACACUGACGGUCAUCAAUAACAAGAAGAGCCUUGUACCUUUCUUCGCUUACAAGGACGAUGUUCUGUUCGAAGGUGCCGAAGCAGCUCCCCAGCAGUCCAAGGUUUACCUUCAUCCCAUACCUAUCAAGCGUGGGGUUUCAAUGCGAGAUCCUCACAAGGUGCUCGAGGAUGCUGCUGAAUGGAAACUUGUAGAUGUUGCGAGGUACAUUGUCAAUCAGGGGACACCCACCGAGGCAAUCGUCAUUUCAUUCUCGAUCCAAGCCGGCGAUGCUUCGAGCGAGUAUUGUUUCCUCGAAAUCCCAGUAGCUCAAGGAGAAACUUAUUCCAAGAGUUUCUAUGGGCGUGAGUGUCAACAGGGUGCUGCCGGCUGGACAAUUUCUUGGGGCCAUGAUGAAUCCACUGAUGAAGCAGUCAUGACUGUUGUCAACCGGGAUCGCCGCAAACACGCCUAUUUUGGCUUCAACAAUGUCAGCACACACGUCUUGCUCGGUGUCAACGGACCAAGUCCCACGAAGCCGUUGUCUUAA